GUGCUAGGGUAGCUUUGGUGCUUCUGGAGAGUUUAAAAGGUCCCUGUUGCUGUUGUAUUGCUGAAAUUGCAAUUUUGUCUUUGUGAUAAUUCCUUGAUUGUCGUUCACGCUUUUUGAUAUACAUUCUCAUUCACUGUUAUUCUGUUCAAGUGGUUGACUUCCGAGUUAACAUAAAAGCUACGUUCUUUGAGAUCAAUUGAUUGAAAGGUUGUCCUGAUCAAACAAUUUCAUCCCAAAAUAACAAUAAGAAUUAUCUUGAUUUCAGUACAAUAAGAUCAUUUUCAAAAUGAAGUUCUCAACCGCUUUCUCAAUCGCCGGUACUUUUAUCGCUGUAUCGGCACAAAAUUUCGGUGCUGAACCUGCUUGCGCUAUCCCAUGCCUCCAAAGCGCCGUUUCCGUCGCCGGCUGCGGAGCCAACGAUCAAGCUUGCCAAUGCGGCACCGCGCAAGCCGCAAUCCAAACGGCUGCAACACCCUGCAUCAUCUCCGCCUGUGAUUCCGCCGAUCUUGCUUCUGCCGCUAGCGUGGGCUUUGCUCUCUGCUCGGCAUAUAGUGCUACUGCUGUCACUGGAAGUGUUACAACCCAAGCCAUUACAUCUGAGAAUCCUGGAGGUCUUGCGAGUUCGACUGGAGAUGCAAGCGCUACAGGAAGUGCAUUGAGCUCUAGCAAUCCAGGUGGUAUUAUCACUCUAACCGGCACCAGCUUAACGUCUACUGCAAGUAGUGUAUCGGGAAGCAUGACUGGUACUGCAUUGACAUCAUCGAAUCCUGGAGGAGCGAUCAGUUCAGCUAUUUCUUCGGCAUCGAGCUCGAUCAGUUCAGUUAUUUCCUCGGCAUCCAGCUCAGCCAGCGCAGCUGUUUCUUCAGCGUCAAGCUCGGCAACCAGAUCUGCUUCUUCAUCUGCAAGUUCACCUACUUCGGCUACAACAAACGCAGCGCCUACUAUGGGUGUUCAGAUGGUGGGAGGAUUAAUGGGUGCGGUUUUGGGUGUCGUUGCUGUCUUGUAGGGUUUAUGUCGAAUACAAAGAAGAAUAAUUUGCAGGGAUGGAGAAUUGGACGCUUCAGAUGUGAAAGUUUGCUACGCUAUAAUGAAAUAAGUUGGUCAGUAUUUUAGGGUGGCUAUUCAAUAAAAUCAAUGAAUGAAUGGAUUAAUCUUUCGAUGAAAUGUUCCGAUAUCUUCUAGAGUCGACGAUACUUUUUGAUGCAGAUUGGACAUGUCGGACAUAGUUUCUAGGCCAUCGAAAGCGUAACAUAAAGAACAUCUCAAGAUUUAUAGUUUCACCUGUUUACUUGACUUCACAUUUCACCUCAUACCACAUAGAUACAAUCACCAUGUCAUGUCAUGUCAUUCA